UAAUCGCGAUUAAUUUUGAUCAUAUGACAGUUGGGUGUAUUUGGGUCGAAAUUGUUACAAAAAAGAUUCUGUCGUCUAGUACUAUUGAAAAUGAAGGGUUGUCUUUUUAACAUCGAUGCUGGCUACCUAGAGGGAUUAUGUAGAGGUUUCAAAUGUGGGAUCCUCAAACAAUCUGACUAUUUGAAUUUGGUACAGUGUGAAACCCUUGAAGAUUUGAAGCUUCACCUUCAAGGAACCGAUUAUGGUACCUUCCUGGCGAACGAGCCAAGCCCUUUGGCAGUAUCAACAAUUGACAGCAAACUACGAGAGAAACUAGUUAUCGAGUUCCAACAUAUGAGGAAUCAGGCUGUUGAACCUCUUUCAACUUUCUUGGAUUUCAUAACAUACAGUUAUAUGAUCGACAAUAUCAUUCUACUGAUUACUGGCACUCUUCAUCAGAGACCAAUUAGUGAAUUGAUACCCAAAUGUCAUCCCCUUGGGAGUUUCGAACAGAUGGAAGCUAUACAUGUUGCUUCAACACCUGCUGAGUUGUAUAAUGCAGUUCUUGUCGAUACACCUCUGGCGCCCUUUUUCGUUGAUUGUAUUAGUGAGCAGGAUCUUGAUGAAAUGAAUAUAGAAAUCAUCCGUAAUACUCUAUACAAAGCAUAUCUUGAAGCAUUCUUUCAAUUUUGUCAGGAUAUUGGAGGUACCACUGCUGACUGUAUGUGUGAAAUUUUGGCAUUUGAAGCAGAUCGUCGUGCUAUUAUAAUCACGAUAAAUUCCUUUGGCACUGAGUUGAGCAAAGAUGACCGUGCCAAGUUGUACCCCCGUUGCGGUAAGUUGAACCCUGAUGGUUUGGCAGCUCUAGCAAGAGCUGAAGACUACGACCAAGUGAAGGCUGUUGCUGAGUAUUAUGCAGAGUAUUCUAAACUUUUUGAGGGAUCAGGAAAUAAUCCUGGGGAUAAAACUUUGGAGGAUAAAUUUUUUGAACAUGAGGUACGUUUGAAUGUAAAUGUGUUCAUGCAACAAUUCCACUUUGGAGUUUUCUACUCUUAUCUGAAGCUCAAGGAACAAGAAUGCCGUAAUAUUGUUUGGAUAGCAGAAUGUGUAGCUCAAAAACACAGAGCUAAGAUCGAUAAUUAUAUUCCAAUAUUUUAAGAAUAAUAUAGGUGUAAAUAGAAUGUUGGGUUCUGAAUGUUGUAAACCUAUAGAGAAUUCUUUAUUUCCGUCAGGCUUAGCUUUGAACUUACCUUCCUUUCUGAUUACAUAGUAUUAUGAAUCAAUUAAUUUUAAAAUAUUAUCGAAGGUAAUAUAUCUAUAAAUUACAUCCUUUCAAAUUUUUCUGGAACUUAUAUUUUAUUCAACAGGUUUGGAACUUGUAUAAAAGAAUUUUCCCUUAAAACAAUUUUAUUGAAUGCAUUCCUAUAGAUAGUAGAUUAUUGAAUAUUUCGUAUUACUCAUUUUUACAUCAAUUUGUAUAUAACUUUCAUUUGAUGGAAUAAUAACAGAUAUUUUAUAUUAUUUUAACCUGAACCAAUUAUUAAAAUGUUAUGUUGAUUGUCUUCAAAUAUUUACUGAGAUAUAAAUUAUUAAGUUUGA